AACUAUUUUGGUGUUGAGUAUUGCAUAAUAAAAUAUUUUUUUGAAGUUUUGACGAAAUUCUUUUACAAAUAUAUUCAAUGGAAAUACAAAAUUCAAGCAAUCAUAAUAAAUCAUUAACCGGUUCAGCACUAUUUAUAAAUUUGUAACCGGUUUUAAGCCAUAAUUGUUUACAUCUCGAUGGCAAAUUCAGUUAAGGAUGCGGAAGUCAUACAAAUUUAUGUUGUGUUAAAGAUAAUAUUAUUCACAACAUUAUAAACAUGUUAAUAAACUUAAUAAAGUUCACAAAUUGUCUGCUACUGUUACCGAAGGUGCAAUAUUGAGUAAAAUAACCUAAGGUGUUCCUGUGCGCAAUUACAAAUCUGAGUCGAACGGUACUAGAGAAAUCGAUUUUUCCAUCUACACCAACAACCCCUUCUGAAAGUAACCAGAUUAAUUGUGAAAAUCAUAAAGUUAGUAUGCCUUUCUUAAUACGUCACUGCUGGAGUCCAUCAAAUCUACUCUUAGCUUGCUAAGCGAAUAUCACAAUUAUUGAACGAUGCCUGAAAAUUUAGAACUGCAUCAGUUUGUCGACGGUUUUCGUCAUGGCGAAACUUCACACAGACUACUUACGCGCCUCAAAGCAGCACUUAACUGCCCUUAUUUGGGUAUUAUACUAGCUACUCUCUCCUCGCUUUUUUUCUCGCUAUGCUCGGUUAUAGUUAAGGGUCUUGUGGACGUAAAUCCUAUGGAGCUUGCUUCAUUCCGGUUUAUUGGUGUACUGCUUCCUGCAAUACCCAUCGUUGUCUACAAUCGACACCCGGUGUUUCCCGAGGGCAAACGUGUGAUAUUACUGCUACGCUGCUUUAUGGGCACAACUGGGCUAAUGUUAAGUUUUUACGCUUUUCGUCAUAUGCCUCUCGCCGAUGCUAGUGUUAUAAUUUUUUCUACCCCAGUAUUUGUUGCCAUAUUUGCGCGUGUGUUUCUCAAGGAGCAUUGCAGCCUCUUUAAUAUCGUAACUAUCUUACUUACUCUAGUUGGCGUAGUUCUAAUAACCCGACCACCUUUUGUUUUUGGUGACGAUGCCCCUUCAAUGGAGACUGAACGCUUUUCAGGGAAAACCUACGACAUUUGGGGCCCAGUUGCUGCCAUAUCAUCCACAUUAUUUGGUGCCAAUGUGUAUAUAUUGCUUAGAGCACUUAAAGGUCUACAUUUCUCCGUCAUCAUGACCAAUUUUGGUGCUUUCGCUUUGGUCUAUACAUUUAUUGUGUGCGGUUCUAUUGGUGCAUUGUGCUGGCCAGCAUGUGGACGAGAUCGUUGGCUUGUGGUGGUGUUGGGUAUAUUUAGUUUUUUGGGUCAAAUAUUACUCACAUUAUCACUGCAAAUGGAACAAGCUGGACCAGUUGCCAUUGCACGAUGUGCAGAUAUUGUAUUCGCAUUUAUAUGGCAAAUCAUGUUUUUUGGGGAAACUCCAACAGGAUUUUCCCUCUUGGGCGCCUUAUUGGUAGUAAGUUCUGUUAUCUUGACAGCCCUUAAAAAAUGGGCAUUAUCUCUCCCACGGGAAUCCACGGCUAGAAAACGAUUACGAUAUUUAUUAUUAAAUUAAGAGCAUAUAAUAUUAUUCUUAAUGGAGCAUACGAAUAUUACGACGUUAAUAAUAGAAGCGCAUUGUGGUUUCUCUCAUAGGAUGAUAAUUAUAAUAUUGCAUCUUCGUAGUAAAUAAUAUAUUAAAAUUAACAAUUAAGAAA